AUGACUGAAAAUCAAAGUCAUGGGUUUUAUGAUUUACAAGAUGGGAUAGAGUGGAUAAUGAGGAACUCUGAAUUUCCUACAGGUUCUAAAAAAGCUAUUUCUAAUCGUUUACGACAAUUCCAAGGUUUGGCUUCUCAGGAAGGCUUGACAAAUGAAGCAAUUGAAGCGUUGCUCAAUGUAGCUUUGUCUUUUGAAACAAGGUUUGACAAAAGUCAACAGACUAUUAUUAUAAAAAGCUUGUAUCCGAAGCAGUUCGUGUCUCACUCCAUCGCCGUCAAAAUUAUAAGCAGUUUGGAUCCUUAUGGAGUCCGUCAUGCCUAUGCGUACCAAGAGAAGCUAUUGAGCUGGUUAGCUCAUGUGUAUGAAUUUUUAGAAGACAAAGAUCGGUUUGCAAGGUUCUAUGGCGUUUUGUUUCAUUUCCUAGACUAUGUCACCCUCCGUCCUUCUCUUGUGCGUUUACUUAUUUUGACGACCAAACACUCUUAUAUAAAACGGUUUAGGAUUUACCAGCUGUUGUCCUUAUAUCAAAAACCUGGAAAUGCCAACGAUCCUUAUAUCCUUGAGCUGCUAUACACUUACAAACAGCAUUAUCCCGACGUUAUUAUUGGCUCCUUUCAACAAAAAGGGUCUAUUCCAUGGAAGAUGGACCUUUGUUGGAUUGCAAGAGCUUCAGACCUAAUUCAUUCUUCGACGGUGCCUUCUCAAAGUAUGCAACAAUUAUCUGAGAAGCGCAAAAGAGUACCAAGCUUAAUUCCAGAAUUACUUACUAUGGAAAACAAAAUUGAGAAUGUUCCUUUGAAUGAAAUUUUUACUGUUCAACAACUCUCUUCUACGUUUGAAAAAGUUAAACAACCAAACCAGGUUGCGGCAGUUCUUCAUAGUAACGUUUUCUUCCUAUACUAUCGCCUUUUAAACGACUCAUCUUUGAUAAACAGACUAACAGAAUGGUUAUAUGCUACUCUUUACUCCGGAUUACUAUUAGAUUAUGGAACCCUUGAACAACGCCUUGAACUUUUUCGUUUUCUCUACCUGCAUUUGUUAUACUCCAACUACUCAUUGUCAUUUCUUUACGAUUUUAUAAGACAAUACUUAAUGAAGCCUUCCUUGUCGUUCAAGGAAUAUGAAGCUAUAUGCCACUUAAUGACCUGCCUGGAUAUUGCAAGAAAUGAUCAAGAGUACACCGAAUUUUUUAAACAACUUAACUUAUACACUGAAAAGUUACCUUUAAGAGAAUGCCAACUGCAUUUAAAUUACAUAUCCGUUUGGACAUUGCGUCUCGUCAACAAAACAAAUCCGAGGCAAAAGCUUGAAUUGAAAGGUAUUCUGUUAAAAAACAUUUUUUCACACUUAUUUCAUUUGUUAAAUGUAUUUCUCUGGAACGACAAACUUUUUGCUCCUUCGGCCUUGAUUAUGACAAACAUUUUAAAUGCCAUAAGUGAUAUAAAGCUUCAUAUAUGGCCAGAAAAUAUGGCGAUUGAGAAGUUAGUAAAUUUUCUUUCCUUAAAAAGCUCUCCUUAUGCCAUUGAGACCAGCUUUCGAUUAAUACAGUCAGCAGAACAAAAUUUACGAAAUCAAGACCAAAAAGAUUUACGAGAACACUUGAAAGUUAUUCACAGACAAAUGACAAGUUGCUUACUAGAAAAUGCAGAAAAAUCAGAAUUUAUUGAUGCUAUCUUUUCUAAUUUAAAUUUACAAUCGGUGAAUAAUUUUAAGUCUAAUUCUAACAAUAUCUGGUCUUUGACAUCUGGUGCUCAGUUCUCUUUUUAUACGUUGCAGUAUUUAAUAAAGAAACAAGAAGAUGACCCUACUUUCAUUCGAAUUCCCUUGAUGAGUUUGACAAAACCGAGAUAUCUAGAACUUCAAAGAAAGUUUCAUUUAGCCCAGUCUUGGACUUCUUUUCAGGAUGAUUUAAUUUCUUAUUUGAAGAGGAAGCAUUAUAAAGCUAUUCAUCAAUCAUUACUCUCUUUAUCCCGUGGUUGA